AGGGAACCAGCCUCUAAUAAUGCUUCCUAAGAGAGGAGAGUAUUUGCUAAAGGAUAUCAGUCGAUUGGGAAAGUAUUGCCAAGUGCCUGUGAAUUCACCGAAGGAUUUGGUAAACACUGUGAUAGUGAAAGGAAGUCUGCCUGCCAUGCGUUUCAUCACUGCUGUGGAUACAGCAGAACCUCAGUUUUUGGAGUCUGUUUCUAGAGAACUCUGGAUGCGCAUUUGGUCCAGGGAUGAAGACAUAAUUCAGCCAGAAAGUAUAUUGGCAGUAAGUGUCUGCUCCUCCUCAUGUUCUUCUCUUGCUCUUCUCCUUCAGGGCGGCUUAGAUGCAAAAGGGCUGGUCUGUGCUUCUGGCUGGAUAAUUCUGAAAGAAGUUUAAAUUGGAGAGUGUUUAGAUGCCUGUUGUCCUGAAUGUGGAACUCUUGUAGGAUUGUCCAUGCAGAAGGGAAAUUGUGUGCUUUGUUCUCUUCUUCAGUCUUUGAAUUCUUUGAAGGAUGUAGAAGUCUUUUAUUCUUUUAAAAUUAGCAAAUUAGGAGAAAAUAAGUUUGUCAGUAGCGUUUUCACUAGGUCUGGUGCAUGGAAAUGCAGUUUUCCUAGGCCUUAGAGUGACUAUUAAGUCCCAUGUAAUCUGUCCUUUACUUUUGAAAAGAAUUGUGUGCUACUUAUAUGGAAUAUUAUCUCAAAAUCAGUAAAUACUCUGCCUGUUGAUUCCCUCAUUCCUAGAAUCUUUAGGUAGA